GUCAUUCUGCUUCCGGUUCGGGGGCCACUGGGGUCCUGACAGCGCGGAUUAGAGCGACAGCGUCUUCAUCCGGUCGCGACACAGACACUCGUCCAUUUCUUCCCUCUCGUCGAGUGCAGCCCGGUAGAAACAUGUCUGGCAGAGAAGGAGGCAAGAAGAAACCACUGAAGGCCCCAAAGAAACAGUCCAAGGAAAUGGACGAAGAGGAUGUCGCCUACAAGCAGAAGCAGAAGGAAGACCAGAAGGCUUUGGAUGCACUGAAGGUCAAAGCUGCAAAAGGAAAUUUAGGUGGCAGCGGAAUCAAGAAAUCGGGCAAGAAGUAAAAUCUGAACGUGACGGUGAUGUUCAUUUCCCCCCCCGGCCUCGCUUCCUGCGUCUGCGGCGUUUGAAUGCUUGCUGAAAGACUCUGUUCUCUGUUAAACAUGAACCCUGUCAAACUCAAAACUGGCCUUGGUGUUAAGCUGCUCCAGUGGAAAUGUGUAGAAAAAGAGUCAUAAUUUUGAGGAUAUCGGGGACGGGAAUAUCUGUUGCCAAUCUGGCCUGGUACACGCAUCAUGACACCCUACUAUCGUGAAAUUAGAUGUUCCACACUGUGAUAUUUGUUGUUGAAAACACUUCCCUCAGUCAUACACACUGACCCAAAACCUGCAAAUGCAGUUUAGAAGUGGACAUCUUAACAAAUUCUGAUCUCCGCUGCAUCUUGUUUUGUCUCCAAGUUAAACUCAAAUCACCCUCUUAUUUCUUCAGUUUUUUUGUUUUGUUUUUUUAACAGGGAGAUACCAAUAAAGUUUUUGUAAUUA